AUGUUCGGCAGCCGUCAAAGAAAUAUCAGUGCCAAUUCUGUUCCCAUUCGUUCUAUUCAUUUCGAGCGUACAAAGAACAUUGCUCACAACAUCAGGGACUUCGGCCACAUCUCUGUUGGACGUGCCACAAAUCGUUUAGAACUAGUGAGCUGCUCGAACUUCACAAGGAAGUGCACAAUCGCGGUCCAAUUUACUGUGAAUACUGUCCGGCUAUACUCCAAGGACGACAGCAAUAUACACAGCACGUGCAGGCACGACAUCAACCUGAAUCAGGAAUCGCUAAACACAUCGGAGUUGACUUAA